UUUAAUUAGUAACCAUGAUACAUACGGAUAGUCUACUGUAAACUAAUCACUCUUUACAACACAAGUAAUCAAUGAGGUAGUCUACGUUCGAUUGUUUUUUACAAAACAUUCUAGUUUUAACAGAUGGACAGGUUAGAAGCAAUAAUGGACCAAACAGUCAAUUGAAUAACACGUAAAUAACAAUGACUAACCUGGUAAGAUUUGGUAAACAUCGACGUACUUUAUCAUGAACUUGUUUUGUUGUCACUGUUUUAUAUCUGCAUUUGGCUAUAGUGGUUAAACUUUGAAACAGUCGCAAUAAUAUAGCAUUUAUUACACAACCAAAUCAACUUAUUGAAUACCACCAACUUGAUCAAGUAAAUCAAUGAACCAAGUGUAUCUUCAUACGUUGAUUUCUUUUUUUUUAAUUGUAAACAAACCUUUAUUUAUAGACUGGAUUGUUGUUCCUGACUACGCUUGACAGAUACAUUAACUAGCCAAAGGUUACUUUUGUACUACCUUUGAAUAAUCCUAAUGGCCCAAGCUGCAGCUUCGACUUGUGAAAUGUGUACUGCCGGACCUGGUGAACAUUAUUGUCAGCAGUGUAACCGGUUAUUUUGCGGCAGCUGUAAAUUAUCUCAUUUACGCACACGGUCUCGUAAAAACCACACCUUCUCAAUUGGACUAAACAUCAACCAGGAAGCAAAACUUAUCCUUUGAACAGAACACGAAGAAAGUUCCUUAUCCUACUGUCAUGAUUGUGAUACCCCUGUGUGUAGAAUUUGCACCUUACAAAAACACAGCCGUCAUCUCAUGACAGACCUUAAUGAAUCAACGUUGAAACUCAAAUCUGAACUGGUUAAGAACAUUGAAUCAAAAGUAGCAACGUCCAAUUUAAACCUUAGAAAAAUUGAAAGCGAUACAAAAGCCUACUGUGAGGAAGUCAAAGCUGUCAUCAAAACCAUAACCGAGGAAGGGAAAACUUUGAAGAGACUAAUUGAUAAAAAAGUAGAUAGUUUGGUUAAAAUAGUACAGGAUGGGGAACAGAAAGCAUUACAAAGUAUGUCUGUUUUAAUCAAAUUUAAUAGGGGACUGUUAGAAAACUGUGAACAAUGGGAAACGAAUGUCAAACAUAUGGAAGAAACAGCAGAUGUACUUUUGUUACAAAAUCUAAAGCAAAUUAAAACCGAUGUUGACAAGAUAGAAUGCAAGCAGAGUUUCGCUGCGCCUUUUGUGUCAUACAGAAACCGAAAAUCUUCAGGCACAGACAUAGACAUCCUAUUCGGGGAGUUACACCUUCGGGACAGUAAAACGUUCAUGGAAACCACUGACAACCAACAUAAUGCCAGGCCGCUAGCAGUGCAAGGGAAGUACAUAUACGAAUGUCAGCUAUGCGAGACACAACAGGUUUCAAUGUAA